CCCUCAACAAUCACCACACAUCAUCAACAUGCGCUCUGCCUUUGCUCUUGGCGUAGCCGCCUUCGCUGGCCUCUGCGCUGCCCAAAACCAGACACAGAGUGAAUACCCGUACCGAAUUGAUCCCAAUAGCGUCACGAAUACGAACAGACAAUACUGGUGUGACCAGAACAAGGCCCAAUGCCCGCUCAUCUGCCUCCAACAGCCCGACGUCACCUCCAUGACCACGACCGAGAACGAUUGCGACCCCAACACGCUGACGUACAGCUGUGUGUGCGAAAAGGACAUCACCCCCAACAUCACCCAGUACUCGCAGACGCUGCCCUUCUUCAUCUGCCAGGAAUGGGGCAACCAGUGUGUAGCCGGCUGCAACGGCGUCAACACGUGCGAAAGCGAUUGCCGCUCGAAACAUCCCUGUGGUGCCCAGAAACCCUUCCUGGGUAACGCCUCCCUUUCCUCCACCAUGUCAUCGACCCAGUCCCCAACUGGCUCCUCUUCAAGCAAAAUCCCAAUCACCGGCUUCGGCGGUGCUACCGGGACGAACACGGCCGGCGCCGUACCCGCUGCCUUCGUACCGGGCGUUGGUCUGAGCAUAGCCGCCGUGUUUGGCAGUGCAUUCCUAGGCUUUGCCAUCCUCUUGUAAAAUUGAGGAGGCGUCAUAGCACUAAUUCACGCCCCGUUGCAUCUUUGGCCUGGCCACUUUUCGAUUUACGCAACCUCGACUUCCAAUCAUCUUUUCAUGCAUAGCGUUUCGGAUUUGACUACAGUCCUUUCAGUUUAUACGAUACCCACUUGGGGCUUCUCGCUCAUUUCAGGAGGCUUUGCGAGGCUCCAUUUUGUGCUCAUGUGGAAAUGUUUAAUUAAUUAGCAUAGCGCAACGGGUAUGUUGCGAUAAUAUCAUUUUUCUGUCCUAUGGGCAGGUUAUCAUGAAGUAUCAACAGCCU